AUGGACUUGGUACAUUGUCAAACGUCGGCAUCAUCAUUGAGUUUUGCCAUUCUCCGCAACAAACUACGAACUCGUCAAAGAGGCAAGUCAAGUCAAUCCCUCGACCGUGUAACCGUUUGCGACAGAACGUUUGUCGGGGGAUUGACUUCACUUGUCUCUUUUGACGAGUUCGUAGCUUGGUGCGAAGAAAGUCAAAACGCACUGAUGAUGGCGACUAUGAUGCCGGCGAAACGUUUGAGAAUGUACCAAGUACACUGUCAGAUGCUGGGAGUCGUAACAACUACUAUGGCAGAAGACUUCGGACUAGGUGCGUUCUACUAA